AUGACAAAAUCACCACCGAUUGUGUUUAUAGCCAGACAUGGCGCCCGCCUCGAUGCUGCAGACAAAGACUGGCAUCUUACCUCCCCUACGCCUUACGACCCCCCUCUCUCCUACGGUGGGUGGAUGCAAGCUCGCGCCCUAGGUGUACGGAUCGGCAGUCUACUGAAAACCCGGCAAUUCACCGGAGAAGACUCGCAGGACCAGCAUCAUCCGACCUCGGAUGAUCAGGCCAGCCUAAAACCCGCCCCCGCAUCUUCGGACGUGUACGACCGAUAUAACGUCAUUGUCCAUACAUCUCCAUACCUGCGAUGUCUUCAAACUGCUAUUGGUGUCAGUGCGGGUAUCAGCUCACACCCUAUCGAGACACAUGAGGCAAGCCCUUCCCUACUCCCAGCCUCGCCAAACCCCGACCCACGAUGUCUGCUUCGCGUCGAUGCAUUUUUGGGAGAAUGGCUGUCACCAGACUACUUUGACCAGAUCACGCCACCUCCUAGCUCGGAUAGAAUGGUGGCGUCUGCCAAAGCGGAAUUGCUGCGUCGUGCCGAGGUCAUCUCUGCUACGGACGGGUCGGCAAGGGCUUUGUCAGGUCAUUUUCCCGGUGGCUGGGGCAGUCACUCUCAUCCCAAUUCACCCACAACCGAGGAGGAGGAAGGCUUGCAUUCUAAAUCGAUCCAACACGGUCCACGACAACGUGCUAGCACAUAUGACACCCAACAAAACCCUGUCCAUGCCAAGGAUGCGAAGAAGCCUCUGGGCCGUCUAAAUACAGACCUACCGUCCACUCUAGAUGCGUCCUAUAUACCUCCCACGCCGAGCUAUGCGGUCUCUUCUUCCGAUCCCAUUCCUACCGGAUAUGUUGGCCAUGCGCGGAACGCAUGCACGAGGAUCGAUUACCAAUGGGACAGUUUGCGCACACCGUACUGGGGAACUGGAGGUGAAUAUGGCGAAGAGUGGAGUACUAUGCAUGAACGGGUUCAUGAUGGGUUCCAGCACAUGGUGAACUGGUACCAAGCACAGGGAUCAUCUGACCAUAGGUCUGAGAGCACCUCGAAUGGGGCAAGUACCGACGGUGAUGCGCAAACGGUCCUCGUUAUAAUCACACAUGGCGCGGACUGUAAUGCGUUGAUCAGCGCAUUGACUGGUCACGCGGUCCUCCUUGAUAUCAACACGGCCUCACUCACCAUGGCUGUACGACGCGACCGCAUCAAGAACCCCGCCCCGGAGGAUGCGCGUAAUUCUCCAGAGCGCGUGGGGAGCCAAUCGGUCUCACGGGAAUACUCCCUGCAGCUUGUGGCGUCCACUGAUCAUCUGCGUCCAGGAAUCAACCCCGCACAGCUCACCUCGCUGGUAUCUCCCUCCGCAUCACAGGCUGUUCCAUCAGCUCCGGUGUCGUCUUAUCGGAAUCGGCUUACUUCUCGCUCAUCGCUCCUCCAGGGCACAUCAGCAACUGGGCCGCCGCUGAAUUCCAUAACGAGUCCUCGAGGCUGGACGCUGGCCAUGCGCCCUUCAACUAAUCCUCGCGGUGCCUCUGGGCUCUGGGGGUCGAUGUCUCCCGACAAGACCGAUAAGAUCGAGAAGACCGACAAGCCCGACGACACAGAAGACGAUCUUGUGCCAAACUUUGGUGACCGUCCAGUCAGCCGAGAUUCAGCACUUCCUGAGAAGCCUGUGGAUGGCUGGACAAAACAGUUACCACAACGAACGCUGUCGCAGCGUGGUUUAUGGGGGAGCGCACAAUCGUUGGAGGAUCGUGAGGGUGGAUCAAAGCGGCGAUGGACAGUGACGGAGCAGAAGUUAUGA